CUUCCCUUCCCACCACAUUGUACGCUCCCUCUCACAUUGGUACCUGAACAAACCCAAAACUACUUGGGGUCAUAUCUCUCUCUCUCUUCCCCCUUCUUUUUCUCAAACCCAAUUAAUCUCCAUUUCCCCCCUUCUCAUCCCAAGGUAUUAUGACACCAUAGAUCUCAUUCUAUAAAGAACUCGGCCAUUCGGAGACCUGUAGUAGGAUCUCCCCCUAUUAAUUACAAAAUGGGGAUACCCUUUUCCUGUCCCUUCACUGAUCUUGAUGAUCUAGAUAGACGACUUGAAGCUUAUUUGAUGAGAUCGAUGAGCUUUGAAUCAUUUGAUGGGAGUGAGAUCGGGACAGCACUGCGAUCCGUUAGUUUCAAUGGUCGAGAUUCUGAACCUGCCAUAAUGAGAUCGUUUGGUUCUGGAAAGAUGAUACUUGAAGGGUCUCUUAGCUUGAAUGGGAGGGAAUUAGAGACAACAUUCUCGUUUAGAGCUCCUUCGGAUACGGAGGAAAAUGCAUUUGUUAGAUGUUCCAGCUCCAUGAGCAGAGAAAAUGGUGAAAAACUGCCAACAAGUAGCAAAAUGUCCAAAAUGCCCUCGUUAGAGUCUGAUAACAGAAGAUUUCACGCUGCAUUGAGGUUGCAGAAGGUGUACAAAAGUUUCCGUACCAGAAGACAGCUAGCAGAUUGUGCUGUUCUAGUGGAGCAGAGAUGGUGGAAGUUGUUAGAUUUUGCUGAACUCAAGCGGAGUUCUAUAUCUUUCUUUGACAUUGAGAAACCAGAAUCUGCUAUUUCACGUUGGUCAAGAGCAAGAACCCGAGCUGCCAAGGUUGGGAAGGGCUUAUCAAAGGAUGAAAGGGCUCGGAAACUUGCUUUGCAGCAUUGGCUUGAGGCAGUACGUCCCCUUUUCUGGCUAAGAUCAUUAUUGAUAGUACUAUGUGCCACUUUUAGUAUUUUAUUUGUUGAUUUUGUUCCUUAUCCUAAACAGAUUGAUCCUCGGCACCGCUAUGGUCAUAAUCUUCAAUUCUAUUAUGUCAAAUGGCUCCACUGUGAGAGUAAACAACCGUUCUUCUAUUGGCUUGACAUAGGAGAAGGUAAAGAAGUCAACCUUGACAGAUGCUCUCGAUCAAAGCUUCAACAACAAUGCAUCAAAUAUCUUGGUCCGACAGAAAGGAAGGCGUAUGAAGUUGCGGUGGAGGAUGGGAAGUUCUUGUACAGGCAGACAGGGAAGCUUUUGGAUACAAGGGCAGGACAUGAAGAUGAUAAGUGGAUUUUUGUCCUCAGCACUUCCAAGACCUUGUAUGUCGGUCAGAAGCAAAAAGGCACUUUUCAACAUUCCAGUUUCUUGGCAGGAGGAGCCACAUUAUCUGCUGGGAGACUAGUCGUGGAAGAUGGUAUUCUUAAGGCAGUUUGGCCACACAGUGGGCAUUAUCUACCAACACAAGAGAAUUUCGAACAACUCAUUUUAUUCCUGAAGGAGCACAAAGUAGAUCUCAGCAUCGUCCAGAAAAGCGCAACAGACAAUGAAGAAGAAGGACUUGACAAAAAGAGAAGUGAAGGUGCCAUACAUGCUUAUUCCAGAACACAAGCUUGCAAUAAUAAUGCACGAAAUCAGCACCUACCUUUGUCACGAUUCUCUCGAAGAUUGCCACUGAAGAUAACAACACUAGAAAUACCAGGAAAGGAUGAUGUGAUCAAGAUGUUCAAGAAAGAUGAGCAACAAGAAGAACAAGGGCGACGUGGCAGCAUUCAUCCAGUCCAAACUCCAGUGGACGGAUAUGAAACUGCAGAAGAAAUUUUAUCAGAUGACGAGGAUUUCAUUGUUUCGAAACAUAACUUGUUUGAUGAAGGUGAAGAAUCUGAUUAUGAAGAACCCAUACCGAGAGAAAAGAUUAUCCAGAGGAUAAAUUCACACAAGGGAAUGAAAUCGUAUCAGUUGGCUCAGCGGUUAUCUUGCAAAUGGACCACAGGAGCUGGCCCCCGGAUUGGGUGUGUUAGGGAUUACCCAACAGAGCUCCAAAACCGAGCUCUAGAGGAAGUGAAUUUGUCUCCAAGAAGCUCUUUUGCCUCUCCAAGGAGAUCAUUUCGCCCUAGUCCUAGGGUUGCGACGCCAACAAGUUUGUGUAGGGAAACAACUUCUGGCAGAAGUCCUCUUGCUAUAGAGCAAGUGAUGUUGCAUCAAAUAGCAACACCAUAAUCUACAGAAUUUUGCCGUUGAGGUGUUUGGUAGGUAUUCUUUUCCAAUCUCUUCUGUACCAUUCGUUCACACCAUUCUUUUGUACAUCUUCAUGUAAGACAUCGUGUGAAAAUCAUAAUAGUUUCGUGGGUUUUGCCACCUUUUCAUUUAAAGAAGUGCUUUCUGUGACCGAAUUCAUUUUCUG